AUGGCUUGCGAAGUUUGCGAGCACUGUCAGGAGCCACUGACCCACGGCAGCGUCGUGCGGGAGGGCUGCAGUUAUCAUGCAAAGUGUCAUAAAUGUUAUGUUUGCAGUGAGACUAACCUUCAAGACGCUGAAGUAUUCAAAGGAGUUAUAUUUUGCUCUAGUUGCUCAAAAAGAAUCUUCCAGGGUUGCGCUUCGGCACGACGGAGCAAGGGCUCGGACAGAAGCAAGCCAGCUAGAUCUAAAUCCCGGCCUAAAUGGCGCCAACGAGCCAGAACUGUAGAAAGACGAUCGGAGCGUGAGCGCAUUUAUGAUACAGGUGUUCUGGAAUUAGCCCGUUUGGUGCACUCCUUCGAAACUGAUUCAAGAUAUUCCAAACGAAACAAAUUUAGUAAAUCGUCUAUAAUAUCGGCCGUAUCUCAUGUUGACAAUGGAACCACUAACGAUGAUGUGAAAAAGAUGAAGAAAGACAGUAUGGAAAUGGGAGUAACUACAGAUGUCACACAAGAGUUGCUAAAGGAGAUGAACUGCCCAGUUGUUGAUUUGAAAAAUAACAAAGAAAUUCUUUGUCAAAACUUUGGGUUUAAUAGACAUCGAGAGAGGAAAAGAAGAGAUGGCAGUCCCCGGAGACAUAGAAUGAGUGAUCUUAGAAUGAGUGAGCUUGGGGCGUCAACUGAAAUUGCCACGAUGAUGCUCAGAAAACAGUCUGAUGCCCCCGUCACUAUAAGAUCUCGCUCACAUGCUGACACUUUAAAUUCAGGUGUGUCGUUCUUAUCAGAUGCCACGAUUAAAGGUUUAGAAGAAUGGCUUGAAUCUACUGAAGCUAUGAAACGAUCUACUCAACUACGUUUAAUAGAUCGAAGUCUUCGAAGCUUAUUGAAAAUUCCCUAUAAGUUCUUUAAACGACACAUCUUAGAUCGAAGUUCUUUGAUAAGCGUUCUUAUGAGUGCAAAUGAGGAUGACCGAACGUUAUUUAGUAAAGUUAGAUCGUUUUUCCACGAAGAAAUCACUCAGCAUCAUCGCAGAGGUGUUAGAAGAUUAUAUUCAACAAUCAACCGUAGACAAACUCCAUAUAAACUUGGUUGGCUCCAUUUAUCACCGGUGCACUGCCUAUCUAGACACAAAACUACGUGUCGGUACCAUACGGCCAGAUGUAAACACUAUAGAAAUUCCCACAGUUACCGGUGUUUAAGAGCUUAUGUUAUGAGGCAUGCUGGACCGACGAAAAGCGAAUUGGCGUUAUUUAGAGCCAAAAUUUCUAGGGCGAUUGCGCCACAAUUUGUUAGAAACUUAUUAGUCUAUCGUCAAAAAAUGAUGUCAGCAGGAUGCGGCAACAGCGAUGCUCAACCUCAGUCAGACUCCAACAAAGUUUCGAUUCACAUUAAAUCAAUAUAA